AUGGGUUGCUGCAGCACUUUUAAAGGGCUCGUCGCCGGGAGCGUGGUGGGGGGCCUGGUGGCAGUGAUGGGAAUUAUACUUAUCCCCCUUGGGGACAUGCUGAUAGGGUCGACUGUGAAAAAGGAGGGCGUCAUAGAACCUGGAACAACGGCAUAUGAGAACUGGGUGUCUGCCGGUGCCCCCGUGUACCGACAGUUUUGGCUGUAUAAUGUCCUUAACCCCGAUGAUGUGGUGAACAACGGUUCGAUUCCACAGGUGCAGGAGCAAGGGCCGUACACAUACAGAACACGGUACCUACCCAAAGAGAACAUCACCUUUGACCUAAACACGGUGUCGUUUGUGCUACCAGCGGGGGCCAUCUUUGAGCCCACCAUGUCUGUAGGCCCAGAGGAGGACAAUGUCACCGUCCUCAACUUGGUUGUGGCGGGUUCUCUUACAGUAGUUCCCAAGCCUCUUCACAAUCUCGUCAAUUUCUUAAUAAAGAAUACCAAGUCAUCCCUUUUCAUGACAAGGACCGUCAAAGAAGUGUUGUGGGGUUACCGUGACCCCAUCCUGAAUGACGUCACUGGUGUCUUCUACCCUUACAACAACACUUUCGAUGGGCCAUACAACAUCAGCACAGGCAAAGAUGACAUUUCCAAAGUCUCACUCAUUAAUUCCUGGCAAGAUAGCAGCCUAUUACCAUUCUGGGACGAUCCUUACUGUAACAUGCUCAAUGGCUCUGACGCUUCUUCAUUCCCUCCUUUCGUUGAGAAGAAGAAACCGCUGUACUUCUUCUCUUCAGACAUAUGCAGGUCUGUUAGCGCAGCUUACUCUUCAACUCACAACCUGAAGGGGAUUGAUGUGUACCGCUACAUGCUAACCCCAAACACCCUGGCCUCUCCUAAUGUCAACCCAGACAACAUGUGCUACUGCCGGGAUAUGGAGGUCACCAAGAAUUGCUCCAUGGCUGGCGUGCUGGACGUCAGCGCCUGCAGAGACGGCUACCCAAUCUAUAUCUCCCUGCCACAUUUCCUGUAUGGCAGCCCAGAGCUCAACCAGGCCAUACAGGGCAUGAGUCCCCAUGAGGAACACCACGCAACUUACCUGGAUGUGGAACCAAUCACAGGAUUCACCCUCAGGUUUGCCAAGAGAAUACAAAUGAACAUGAUGUAUGGACCCUCCGACAAAAUCACAGUGCUGAACAAAGUCAAGGACUUCACCAUAUUCCCUGUGGUUUGGCUAAAUGAGACGGCCAUGCUGGACGACGCGACGGCUGACAUGUUUAAGGAAGAGCUAGUGUCCAAGGUCAACCUGCUGGACACCAUGCAGAUCUCACUGAUCUCUGUGGGCAUCAUAGCCUGUGUGGUCCUCGGCAUAGCUGCUUGUGUCGUGCACCGAAAUGACGAAAGGAAGAUUGUGGCGUGAUAAGGACUGUAGGGAACCAUUUUUUUUAAAUGGAGAUUUCUGAUUGGCUGGGCCUGGACCUGAUUGACAAGAGGGCGUCCCACUAUGCCUAUGUAGUAACUGUGUGUGUGUGUGUGUG